GUUCCAUGUCCACAACAAGACAAGACCAAGAUGAGUUCUGGGAUCCUUGCCGCGUGCCUACGCACGACGGGACUACCGCUCAUGGGCGUCAUCGCGGCAGCCAUCUACUACUACGACAUGACGAAAAAUGUGGUAGCCUUCAUGCAAGUGUAUGGAUGGUUCGUUGUCUUGGGCUGUGUGGGCCUUUUCUACUUGGAUCACUUGUUCGCUAUUGAACUGGCGAAGUGGGACCGCCAACAGUCUCUGAAUGCGGCCAACGGUACCGUGGAUGCUUUCGAUCAUAUCCUCGACCUGCCAUGUCGUUGUAGCACCGGAACGGGUGCAGAUUCUUGAGGUGGAAGCGCGCCGAGCCAGGGAGUUGCAGCAAGCCAAGCUGGAAGCAGAGAUCAAGGCGAAGCAAGCACAAGCCGCACUGAAAAAGAAAGCCCAACCAUCGCCUGCCAAGCCGCCGUCGACAAACACGACCACUCGUGAGUACAAUAUGCUUGACGGUACAUGAAGUCCUUGCUGUGACAUCUUGUCGAGUCAUGCAUAUCCAAGGGGCGGGAAGCUUCGCUCGAUAUCAGCCGUCGGGCUUUCAACGCCCCCGUGGUGGAUGACGCUAACUUGCUGAAUUCACCGCACUUGCGGGGGAAGCGAUGGGCGACCGAAUGACGUGGCACUGCAAAAAGACGUGAGUCUCGUGGUGCUGCCGAGACAUGCCCUGCAUCUACCAACGAUUGGAACAAACGCCCGUUGGCUGAAUCCCCGCACGUGUUGUGCACCUAGGUGUGGCUCAAAUAUUGUAUUGAAUUCGCCGAGAAUUACCCCUGCUAAUCAUGUCCCAUCACUUCA